AAUACGAAUAUUAACUUCAUGCUGAAUUAUGAAGUGUUUUGUCAGUAUUGCAGCUAUAGUGACACUGUCGGUUUAGGUCAUGGAAACAGAGACGCUUGAAAAUGAAAGGAUUUUACCAAAGGAUAGUCAAGGACAUGACAGCAAUGAACGCAAAAUACCAGGAGCCAAUCAGAGUGACGCUGAAAUAUUUUUAAACACGGACGAAAUCAGCCAAUCAAAUAGACUGUUCUAUUCUGUUGAGGACGUCCCGCCAUGGUAUCUAUGUCUUUUCCUUGGAUUCCAACAAGCCUUGACGGCGACAGCAGGUAUCAUCUCUAUGCCUAUUCUUCUUCACAAGGCUUUGUGUAUGAAUGGCGACACGGUUGGUCUUUCGGAAUUGAUUGGAACAACAUUUUUUACAAUUGGACUCUCUACUAUGGCACAAUCAACUAUAGGCAUACGGCUGCCGAUAGUACAGGGAGCAACUUCCGCGUUUAUGGUGCCGGUGUUUGCAUUGAUGUCACAGCCGGAAUGGAGAUGUCCUUUCCAUGACAUAUCUAAAGAAAUGGAAAAUAGCACAGGAACUAUAGAUUUACCUGAAAUUGGAAGUGAAGAACACAGGGCCAUGUGGAAGAGUCGGCUUAAUGUGGUGUCUGGUUCUAUAAUGGUGGCCUCUAGUUUCCAAAUACUCUUAGGAUUGACAGGAAUGGUUGGAUUCUUACUGCGUUUUAUUGGACCGAUCACAAUAUGUGCCGUGACGUCAUCAAUCGGACUAUCUGUGUUUCCUAUAGCGUCUUCGUAUGCAAGCCAGCAAUGGUAUAUUGCUGCAUCAGUAAUCGUAUUCCUCACCGUGUUCUCUCAAUAUUUAAAGAGAUGGAAAAUCUUACAGAUCUUCCCAGUUAUUUUAUCAAUAGGAUUGAGCUGGCUUCUUUGUUUUGCGCUAACUACCUCCGGGAUUCUUACUGAAGAAAAAGAUGGUUGGGGGUAUGGAGCGAGAACAGACAUCAAAACAGCAGUUCUAUGGAAAACAAACUGGUUUAAAUUUCCUUAUCCAGGUCAGUUUGGAUGGCCAACGGUGAGUUUAGCAGGAGUGUGUGGAAUACUUGUAGGGACUAUAUCGUCAGUGUUGGAAUCAAUUGGAGAUUACUACGCAUGCGCUUUGCAAUCAGGGGCAGAAGUGCCUCCUUCGCACGCAAUAAACAGGGGAGUCGCGGUGGAGGGUUUGGGUUGCUUCUUCUGUGGAUUGUGGGGUUCCAGCAUUGGCACUACAUCAUAUAGUGAAAACAUUGCAGCUAUAAGCAUUACACGAGUUGGAAGUAGGAGGGUGACUUUCAUCGCUGGAUUAAUUUUCCUCAUAUUAGGAUGUCUGGGAAAAGUUUCAGCUCUUUUCGUUACUAUUCCCGACCCAAUUCUAGGUGGAUUGUUUCACGUAACAUUUGGCAUGAUUAUGACUGUCGGACUGUCGAACCUCCAGUUUGUCGAUAUGUCGUCGCCAAGAAAUAUCUUUGUAGUGGGAGUGUCCAUCUGUGUUGGACAAACCCUGCCAACAUGGCUCACCGUAAACCAUUCAGAUAUCAACACAGGUAACGCAAUAGCAGAUCAGAUCAUCCGGGUACUGUUGGGAACUCACAUGUUUGUAGCCGGGGUCUUCGCUUGUUUUCUGGAUAAUACUAUUCCGGGAACGAAGGAGGAGAGAGGAUUCACACGAUGGAGGAAGAGUACUUCGCCUUCCGGAGGAUCCGUCAGGAUUACGUACCAGCUUCCUUUUAUUCAAAAAUACAUAGAGAAAUGGACCUGGACGUCCAACAUCCCAGUGUGUCCUACAUUUAAGUCCAUCAGAAAACAACAGAUGACAGUAUGAACACAUUCUGAGAUAUACAUUUAUUGAAAUAAAAAACAGGCUGGAGAUCCUCAUUGAAA